AUGUCGUAUAGAAAUGCUUCUUCAGUGUUAAAACGACAAAGAGAAAUGAAGAGGGGUAUCCGAUUUACCUUGAUGGUCUGCGGUGAAUCUGGAACAGGGAAAACCACUUUUAUUAACUCGUUACUUGAUAGAAACAUCCUUCCCCAUAAGUUUCAAUAUAAUACUAUGAAGGGCGACGCCACGAUCCCUAAAACAAUUACCUAUUCUAAUUUGAAUGGUGUCAUGUCUAAUGCAGCUGAGGCUAGUAAGCAGUUUGUUCCCGAAACUGCAGAUCAGGAACCGGGAAUCGCCAUUACUGAGACAUCGGUGGAGAUAGUCGAUGAGGAUGAUUCAAGGCUAAUGCUCACCAUUGUUGAUACCCCUGGAUUCGGUGAAAACUUAAAUAAUUCAAUCUGUACCAAGGAAAUUUGCAACUUUUUAGAGCAGCAGUUUGACUUGGUUCUUGCAGAGGAGACAAAAGUUAGACGUAAUCCUCGUUUCGAAGAUACUAGAGUGCACGUGUGCCUCUAUUUCAUUUUUCCAACUGGUCAUGGUCUUAGGGAAUUGGAUAUUGAUACUAUGAAGAAACUUUCCAAGUAUGUCAAUGUGAUUCCUGUUAUUGGACGUGCUGAUUCGUUUACUCAAACGGAGUUGAUCAACUUUAAAAGAUAUAUCAACGAGGAUAUUGAACGGUUUAAAAUUCCCAUCUUUCAGUUCAGCUACGAUGAAGAUGAGGAUGAUCAGGAAACUGUGGAGGAAGGCCGUUUCUUACAGCAAUUACAACCGUUUGCCGUAAUUACAUCCGAUGAAACUGCUAUUAUAGACGGUAAACCUACUCGUGUACGGAGCUAUCCAUGGGCAAAGAUUGAUAUUAACGAUACCACCGUGUCCGAUUUUCCUAUUCUACGAUCUGUACUCUUGGGUUCGCAUAUGCAGGACUUGAAGGACAUUACUCACGACUAUUUGUAUGAAAAUUACCGUACCGAGAGACUUUCUGCCGUGACGGACUUAAGGGGGGACUUCCCAACUGCAGACACUGGAUCUGUUAUAGGCGCAGACACAGAACCUCCUUCUAUGUCCAACUUGGCAGCUAUCGCCAAUUCGAAGUCUAUGAUGAAGUUUGGUGCUGUUCCUGCUGUUCCUGUCACUACAGCCGCAGCCGCUGAUACUUCUAUUAUGUCUUCUGGUACAGUUAGACAUGUUGGUGCUGAACCAGAUGUCGAUUAUGUGUCGGUGAAGCUGACAGACGUGUCUAUAGGUGAUGAUAGAGCGUCAUUGCGGACUACCAAGACAAAGCAGGUGGUGCAUUCGAUGCUACUUUCGGAAGAUCAGAAUGGAUCGAAAAAGAGCAGCAGUAAAGAAGGUAGCGUUCCGGAUUUGCUUAAAUCUAAGAGAGGAAGUGUCUACAGUCUUGGAGAGGACGAGGAAUUGAAAUCUAUGACGGAUGAUGGAGCUGGAGCAACUACUGAUAAAGAACGAGGAUCAUAUUCACCAUCAAUUGCGUCAUCACAGAUAUCGCAAAAUGCCGUAGUGGAUACAAGAAGACUUAGAAAGAUUAGCGAGACUGUUCCAUAUAUGCUUCGGCAUCAGACAUUGGUGUCAAAGCAGCAGAAGCUUGAAGAGCUAGAAAGAAAAUCCGCGAUUGGGUUGGCUAAGAGAGCUGCCGAAUUGGAAAAGAAAGCUAUGCAAUUGAAGGUUAAGGAGAAGAGGCUAAGAGAGAGACAGAGACGGGUUAGUGAGGUGAGUAAAGAAUAG